UAAAUCUGCCCUUUGACAUUUGUGAUAUCAGAUGUGAUUAAUGCUUCAGUACUCUUUAAUGAAGCACUCACUGUACGUCUUCAGCAUUCUUUACAGUAAAGGCAUAGAUAGCACAGUGGACAUCAAUGGGACUGCGUAACUCUCAUCCGAAGCUGUACCCCGGAGAUAUACUUGAGUUUCCUGGCAACAGUUACUUUUCUCAUUUUGCCGUUUAUUAUGGUGAAAGAGACGGAGUUCCUUAUGUGGCCCAUUUGACCAUCAGAGAUUCAGACACCAAACUCCUCCUUUUCGGCCGAGCUAUAAACGCCUCUGUAAAGCUAGACCCGCUUGACGUAGUUGGGAAGAAAUACAAGGUAAGAAACUACUUGGAUGACAAGCAUCCACCACGAGAUUUCUACGUUCUCAUCAAGCCGGAGAUCGAUGAAAUCAUAACGAAACCCAUCACCUUUGACAUCCUGUUUAACAACAGCGAACAUCAGGCCACAAUGUUACGAUACGGGGUUAAAAAGUCAGAGCAGAUUGAAAAAGUCUACUCCAAGAUAGUUCCCACCUGGAAAGAUUUAUUUGAGAAGAAAACGAUUUGAGCCACUUCUUUUGCAUGAAGACGCAACACUUCAAGAUCAUACAAAAGCUUUUUUUUUUUUUUUUUUUACAACUUUGGUGUUAAAUACAAUCUUAAAAGUCUAGCUACAUAAUUUUUUUUUUUUUUGUAAAUGUAUUUGUCAUCUGAAUAUUUUCAAUUUUCAAUAUGUCUAUGUGUCCAGAGAGUUAAAGUUUGCUUUGGACUUGCUUUAACAAUUAAAAGUCAACCAGUUUAUCUACAUUAACUAGCAAAAUGUCUCUUUCACAAAAAGUGACUUUAUAAUUUUUUUACGUUUUGUAGUUGGAGGGAAAAAUAUGCUAUCUUGUGUGUUUCUGAAUCAUAGCUAAUAUAUAGAAUUGAGGAAAUUAAUUGUCUCUGGACUUUUAGAUUCAUGUAAAUUUGAUAUAUAAAUCUGCAGAUUUUCAUGUGCCAUGUUUCACUGCUAACUAACAAUUUGUAAAACUCAGAAAGUGUUUAUUAAAAUGACUUCACCCAAA